AUACAAUAAUGGCUUGAUGUCGCAUAAAACUGAUAUCAGAUCUCUGGAGACCACGUAAAAGGUCUUGUUUUCCUGAGCUUAUUUAAACAUGCUCUGCCGCCGAGCCACAACAUACCAGCUGGGGUCAAUUGCUAGAAGGAUAAUUCACUCAUCUUCAUCAACUACUCCCAUCCGCCGCGCCGUUACCAACUACACCCCGAAAGUAUUCCCAUCGCAAACCCGCAAAAUGACCUCAUUCCACAGCAACGAUGAGCUGAAGAGCAAUGUCCUCUUUGACGUGUCCCACGUCACCGCCGUCGUGACGGGAGGCGGCACCGGCAUCGGCUUGAUGAUCGCACAAGCCCUGCAGUCCAACGGCGCCAAGGUGUACAUCACCGGCCGGCGCAAGGAGGCCCUGGAUAACGUGGUCAAGGAAUACUCCACGGGCCCGGGCCAGAUCAUUGCCCUGCCGGGCGACAUCACCUCCAAGGACGAGUGCGUCCGCCUGGCCCGCGAGGUCGGCGAAAAGGAGCCCAAGGGCAUCCACCUGCUGGUCAACAACGCCGGCGUCGCGCGCGACGACAAGACCAAGUUCAGCAGCGCCGGCGAGCCCGACUUCACCUCUGCCGACGCCGUCUCGGAGCACCUGCUCAAGUCGGACCCGGCGGCGUGGGACGAGACGUUCAAGACCAACGUUACGGCGCACUACUUUAUGUCUGCCGCCUUCAUCCCUCUGCUGGGCAAGGCGCGCGCCGAGACGCCGGGCUACUCGUCGCAGAUCGUCAACGUAUCCUCCAUCAGCGGGCUGAUGAAGGGCAGCUCGAUGGGCCAGCCGGCGUACGCGACGUCCAAGGCCGCCGCCGUGCACCUGACGCGCGUGCUGUCGACGCUGCUGAUCAAGACCAAGAUCAGGGUCAACCAGGUCGCCCCGGGCAUCUUCCCGAGCGAGAUGACGGCGGGCAAGUCGGACGAGAAGAACAAGAACCGGCUGGAGUCGAGCUCGAACCCGGCAGGCCGACCGGGCAACGAUCAAGACAUGGCCGCGACCAUCUUGUUCCUUGCCGGCAAGGGAGGCGUGUUUUACAACAACCAGAUACUGCACCCCGAUGGCGGGAACAUGGUGGUGCAGCCCGCUGCCAUUUGAUGCGACUCGGGUUGUAUGAUAAGAAGUUGUGUAUCGAUAGGAAGGUCUAGGUACGAAUGAAAAGUUUCAAAUAGAAAAAUAGAAAAGAUUGACAGCAGGGUCAAUUCGGGCUGAAAGAUCAAGAUGCAGCGGAACCACAAUUUGGCAACUUGGCUCCGUAAAGUUUGCCCACGGACGUGCCGAUCAUGGGAUCCGUGCUAUUGUCACGCCACUGAAGAAUCACGCCAACAAUAAAAUUGUGGUGGAUCAAAAAGCCAAGAAAUCCUUAUCGGGCCCUCACGCACCUGGAGGUCCACCCGAAAUCCCCCUAGUUUUCUCCCACAAAGCCAGAACGUUGGUACGGGUGGUGUUUCGCCAGCAUUCUCUACCGAGGCCAGGGACUCUGCUACCAAGUACGGGUGCAUAUACGUAUCUAUAGUACCACGUACACACACAUGCAGGCGCACAUAUGCACAUCGCCUUGUACUGAACGACCCUUGAGGGUAUCGGACCGAAUCUCUCUAGAACUAGUUAUAGUUCUAAUUCUAAUUCCAGUAUGGAUUUUGGUCAUCUACCAAACUCUUGGGACCUCGGCUGCGAGUUUUGCAUGCCUGCUGUCUCAUUUCGGAUGUGCCCUGCUUCACGAGCUAUCAAAUGGUCGCCCCAAACAAGGCACAUAAAACGCUUACUCCCCGUUCUGGGGUGCAAUAGAGGUAUUGGUGAUGGCAGGCCGCGCAUAACCGACGGGAAAUAGACAUCCAAGUGUUGCCUCUAUUACCCGUCGGCCUGGAACAUUUACAGGGCUAGGUAGCAAAACUGCGUGGUAUUGCGGCACAAAAAUUGAAAGUUGAAGGAUCAAGGAAGAAAAGAGAGUGGUUGCAUACGAUGGAGCAACUCCACAAGACCGACAACGUUACUAUGGUACAGCGUUACUGCCGCGAUUUGGCAAUGGCAUCAAAAACUCGCCAUCCCAUUGGCAGGGAUGGGGCCUGUGGCGCUGCCUAUUUACUAUGUACGCUGGGGCCGAGGAAUAGGGGAUCGUGGAGACCAAAAUGAUUUUUGCUCCAGGGGAACAAACGCCGUGUUGCCGGGGUGGGCAGCGAGGGAGCGAUUCAUGCAACAUGGGGGGCCAGGGGAGGAGACAAGAUGACUUUGUCGUCCGAAUUUUCAGGCGAUCAGUAACCUCGGUGUUCUGGAAGGAAACAGAAGCUAAAGGUUAUAUAUACGCUACCCAGGCUUGGCUGACAUAUGAUGUGUGUAUGUGGUUCUGGGUAGUUAUAGUUAUAGUUAUACUUCGUAGUUCUAGUACAUAGUAAUGUAGGUUGUUGAGUAGUGCAGG